AUGGCAUGUCUCGAGGCGCUGCCUGCCGAGGUGCUGUGCGAAAUUGCCGAAUGGCUGGUCUGCGACGCCAAACCGCCGUCCUCCCCGUUCGGCCACCCGAUGUCGUCGUACGCUCGGGACCAUUCAGUCCUGGCCAGGAGUUGCCGUCGUCUGUAUAGCAUCCUCAAUCCGCCGCUGUACAAACGUAAUAUUCAGCGCGACGCCGUUCUCAACUCGUGCCUCCUGUGGGCGGCGGCGCGCGGCGUCCUGGGCACCAUCAAGACGGCUCACGAGCUGGGAGCAGACCUCGACCUUGUUGGACCUCAAGGCCGCGAUGUCCUCGCAAAGGGCUGGAACGGCAUCCCCGGCCCGCCCUCCGGUCCAGUGACACCUCUCCAUCUGGCCGCCUCGUCCGACCAUCUCGACAUUGUCGAGUACCUCCUCGAGCAUGGCGCCGCCGUUCAUCUACCCGCAGGCAAUUGCUGCGAUUGCCUCGAAUACCAACACCGCGAGCCAUAUGCCCUCCACAUGGCCCUCAUACACAGCAGCGAGGCCAAGGAAGCUGCGGCAAUGCUGAUUCGGCAUGGGGCCUACUUGGUCAGCGAGCACGUUCCGGCGGCCGAUAUCCUGAGCAGGAGGGGCCACCAUGACCUCUUCCAGCUCUUGCUCGAGCAACGCUGUCCACAGUCAACCAUGGCUACGCUGAAGUACUCGUUAAGAAGCCGCAACUUGCCGCUCUUUCAGGAUCUCCUCCGACGUCCGGACCUGGACCUCUCCACGCCGCCGUCAAGCUCGUCGUCAGACUACCCCUCGCUCUUGGGGCUGGCCGUCUACAUGGGCCUCACCGACGCCGUGCGUGCCCUGCUCAGCCGCCCUGACGUAGAUCCCAAAGUUCUUCACAAGAGCGAAUGGUCUCCUCUCGAGUCCGCCGCACGAGAAGGGCAUGUGGGUGCCCUGCACGCUCUUCUUACCAUGAGGCCCGAUAUAGACGUCAACGCGAUUGACGACAGGGGCCGCUCCCCGUUCCAUUGGGCAGCCAUUUUUGGCCAUGUUGAGGUUCUCAAGGCUCUCACACAGUACCCAGAUGUGAAAGUAGACUCGAGGGACAACGACGGUCAAACACCGCUACAACUAGCCGCGUGCGGUGGCAAUUACGGCGCUGUUCGCUUCCUGAUCAAGCAUCCAGGGGUCCAGCCCUUGGUUGUAGAUGCCGCGGGCUUGAACGUCUUGCAUUGUCUAGCAAUAGGAAAUUUAAUGAUGAGGAAGGUGGAGCAGUUCAAGGAGGCCGACGAAGACGAUGAUGACUAUGAUUGGACUAAUGAUGUUGGUCAUGAGGAUGAUUAUGAAUCUGAGAGUGAUGAUGAAAGCAGUAGUGAGACUAGCAGUGAGGGUGGCGACCAGAUGAACAAGAAAGCAUCACCCGACGCCGACAUGGUUAAAGAAGCAGAACAGACCAUCAGGGAGCUCAUGAGCAUUGGCAUUCCCAUUGACCAGGAAUCGCCGACAUCUGAGACGGCUUUUCGCAUAGCCAUACGCCACCUCAACUACGCCAUGGCUAUAGCCCUGCUCGCCUGCGGGUGCGACCACACCAUCGGCUUCGAAGAACCGUCAGGAUGGACCCUGCUGCACGAAUGCCUCAAGCUUCCCUGCCGCAAGCUUCCCGCCAAACAAAGCUUGCAAACAGACCUGGUGAGGCAGCUGGUGGGUCGAGGCGUGAACAUUGAGGCGGCCCAUAGAUACGACCCAGAUUUCAUUCUAAGGGAUUUGGAUGAGAGGCACAUGUUCGUAAACGUGGGUGCCACGCCGCUCUGGUGCGCAGCCGGCCUCGCCCGUAACACAGGGAGCAUGGAGGUGCUUCUAGAGGCGGGAGCCGACCCCAACGCCGACAUUCAGCGUCUUGGCGGCUACUCUGAGCCGAUGAUCAUGGCCCUCUACGGCCAGUACCGCUACCACCUGAGAGAGCCGGAGCUGGUCGGCGUGUUUGGGGUUCUCGUCAAGCACGGCGCGAAGCUGGACGAGGCGGGCGGCGAGGGUAAAACGGCCCUGGAGAUGGCGCUUGACGAACCCCUUGUUGUGAAGGAGAUGUUGGGCCAUGCGACGAGCGAGACCCUAUGUCGCGAGCAUGUGCAGAGCGUUAUUGAUGAGAUUUCUAGCCGUAAAAAGAGUCGUAAAGGGGUGGAAUUGCUGGGAGACUUGAAGGGCUUCCGGGACAGGGUAUUUGGUGGGGAGUGA